AUGUCCGCAAAAAAGAUUCUCGUCCUUGGAAGCGGCCUGGUGGCCAAGCCAUGUAUCGAAUAUCUACUUCGCAGUGAGAAGAACAAGUUGACAAUAGGUAUCCCAUUUCACUUCCUUUGGAGACAACCAUCAGGUACCGUUGUCGAAGCAGGCAUACGCGGCAAAACUCAUGUCGUGACUACAAGCUACGUGUCUCCGGCGAUGAGGGAACUGGAAUCUGAAGUUAAGGCUGCCGGGAUCACUGUUUUGAAUGAAGUUGGCCUCGAUCCUGGAAUCGACCACCUCUACGCUAUUCGUAUCAUUGAUGAAGUCCAUGGCAAGGGAGGAAAAAUCAAGGAAUUCCAUUCGUACGCCGGUGGCCUCCCAGCCCCAGAGUGCUCCGACAACCCCCUGCGCUUCAAGUUCUCCUGGUCUCCCCGAGGCUCGCUACUUGCCCAGCUCAAUCCGGCAUCCUACCUCCAGAAUGGUCAGGUCGUUGAGGUUUCCCGCGAGGAUCUCAUGAAGCAGGCCAAGCCGUACCAUGUGAUGGACGGGUACUCGUUUCUCGCAUAUCCUAAUCGGGACUCCGUCCCUUUUCGGGAGUUUUAUAGAAUUCCUGAAGCGGAGACGAUUGUGCGCGGGUCGCUGCGGUAUGAAGGGAACCCGACUUUCGUGGCGGCGUUGACGAAGCUCGGAUUGCUGGACACGCAGCCACUGACAUGGCUGGAGAAGGAUACUGAUGGUUUGAUGUUGCGGGAGGUUUUCGGACGGGCUGUUGGUGCUGCCGGGACUGAUGAAGAGACACUUACCACCCGCAUUGAUGAGAUUUGCGAAAUUCCGGACAUCACUGAGAGCAACAGAAUCAUUGACGGCCUGCGAUGGAUCGGACUCUUUUCCGACAAGCCGGCAACCCUCCGCGGCAAUCUCCUAGACACACUGUGUGCGGAACUCGAAAGGCUCAUGAGCUAUCAGCCCGAUGAGAGAGAUCUGGUCAUGCUCCAGCACAGAUUCAUUGUUGAGUGGAAGGAUGGUAGUAGAGAGACAAUCACAUCGACACUGGAGCUCUUCGGAGAACCUGGUGGGCAUUCAGCCAUGGCCAGGACCGUAGGUGUUACCUGCGGUAUUGCUACCCAGCUAUUACUGGACGGGGAACCUGCUUUGAAUGUGCCGGGGGUGUUGGCACCCUACACUUCAGAGAUCUGUGACCCCAUUCGCAAGUUACUCGAGAAGGAGGGGAUUAGCAUGGUAGAAAAGACACUCUGA